AGUGCGCAUGCGCAUUAACUCGAAGUGCAUGUUAAAGUGGAUUUUUGGAAGUAGGGUUUUUUGUGAACUCAAGAUCUGGGUAGAGAAAGUAGUUUAAUGUAACGGGUUUUUAUAUUUUAUACAGCACACGCGAGACAUGGAGUGUGUGUGUGUGUGUGUUAGUUUGUUUGUUUGUUUGUUUGUUUGUGUAUGUUUAGAAAAGUAUAUUUCUUACCCAGGCCAACAACAUAAACACAAGAGGCAACAGUUCAGACUGAAAAGUGAAGCUGCUGCUUUUAUCACUGCUGAAACAAGAGCACCCAGAAAACAGGAAUGCUCAGACAUUCCACUGAUUUUCUCUCUCUUUUUUCUUGUUUGAAGUGUGUGUGUGUAUGUGUGUGGGUGGGUGUGUGUGUGUUGCAGCACUGUUCAUGGAACCUUAAUGAGAAUCAGAUGUUGGCAGAUCUCAAGCAUCCAAAAAUGGUGAAACCACUCAGUUUACAUGGAGAGACUUGUGACGUCCCUGUCUCAUUUUUAAACAGGAAGUGUGUUGAAUUAGUCAGAAGUUGUGCAGUAACAUCCAGAAAGAGCCUGGAAUCAUGUCCUCCAACAACACCUUUGCCAGCAGCACACUGUUCCAGUCCAUGACAGACGAGCUGAAUGCGUCUCUGGCGACGGCGGAUGAGCUAUCUCGUGAGUUUAAUUCCCUCCUGCAGGAUAUCUCCUCUACCAGCACUGGAAGCUCUAAAGAACAGAGCUCCAGCUCAAAACCUCAGAAAACCACCAGCUCCACUCAGACUGGCAUCAAUGUCACCAGUGUUUCCACUGCCAGUACCAGCAGAGAUGCAGGUGGAAGUGUCAUGAAUAGAGGCACCAUGUCUUUCCCCCAAACCACAUCGCCCAUCAGAGCUUCAGAGCCCAGCACUCGGUCAUCAGACUCUUACUUUACCAGUGGUCGACAGCGCCCGAACUCCCCAAACCCCCAAGUCUAUCAAUUUACACCUGUUCAACCUCGAAACACUCGUGCUGAGCCGGUCCACUGUCAUGGAACCCUGACACCCCCAAAUCAGUCCCCACGUACCCAACGCCGGGCAUCGCCAAACCCUGCCAGGUCACAUGAACGGAACCUGAGUGGCUCGUUCACCUUCCCAGAGCUCGCGCCUGUUUUCAAAUAUGAGCAACAAUCUGUUUCUAGCAUGCUUCAUGUCCCAGCCAGACCUGAGUCAUGCCCAGUGGCUUUGCAUGACUCAUCUGCCAGCGGUCGUAGAUCACCCAGGAUGGACAGAGCUCCUUCUCCUGGACCUUUCAGCCAAUCGGUAUCGAGCAUGUUGCCGCGCAGUUUCACUCCAUUUAAACCUACAGAUGAGGGUGUAGCGAGGCAGAACAUCCUGGCAAAAUGGAACGAGACGGACCUGGAUGUUUCAUAUGAAAGAAAACCACACCACACAUAUGACAAGAAUGAGUGGAUCAGACCAUCUGUCCCCAACAGCAACUGGAGAGAGUCCAACCUGGACUCACCCACUAUGCCUCGAAAGGACGCUCUGCCCCGUCAUCUCACACCAGCCGAUGGCUCCUUGCCCAGGAACACCCGUAUCUCUGUGCCCCCUGAUCAUGUUUCACCCACCCAGUCAUCAUUUAACCCUCAGCCAAUCAUCUCCCGCGUCUCCAUCCCUCCUACAUCAUCCGGUCUCCGUCCACGUAGGCCCAUCCCCCUGUCAGUCAUCAUGAGGCUCCAGAACCCAUACUAUGCAGCAGCCACCAGAUAUCCACGUGGCACAGAGGGCGAGCGCGAUGUCAGCAUGCCACGCCAGCCUUUGCCUCUGCCCCUGCCCCGAGAGUUGCUUUACCACUUUCAGCCUAUCCUUCAAGAGCAGAGACCUCCGGUCUAUUAUGCAGAAGCCCCCAAGUCAACCUACAUGGAGCCGGUAAAAAUAAACUCAGUAAAUAAGCCGUCUGUGCUCCCAGAAACCCUGGCGCCCUCAGCCGAGCAAAGCAAACCCAGAGUAGAAGUUAACACUGAUGAUCCCGAGGCGGAUUCGGCUCCUCGGCCCCUGAGCCCCACGCGCUUGCAGCCAGUGGUGGCCCCGGAGGCUCCUGUUGUCCCUGAUAUGGACGUGUUGCUCCAGAUCCGAGCUGAGAUCCCACGUGCUUUGAGGAAACGUGGCUCCAUCAACCAUUCACAGAGCUUGAAGAUGAUGCCCCGCCUUCAGCCCAACCAGUACAAGCAGAUGAUUAAAAAAAUGUUCCGCAGGAAAGGAACUCAAGCAAAGAGCGAGACAGGGAGCGAGAGCAGCUCCUCAGAUGGAGAGGAGAUUUCACCGUCGAUACCGUGCCCACCUCCACCGAUCACAAACACAGCUAUGCCAGCCCAGCAGAAGGGUCUUCAUUCGAUCUUGCGGAAGCCUAAAGGCAGCAGUGUAAAGGGGCCACGCGCUCGUCUCAGUCCUCUGGUGCUGCUGCUGGACGGUGCUCUGGUUGGGGAGCUGGACACGGUGCAGAGAGCCAUGCAGGAGAUGAGUGACCCGAGCCAGCCAAAUGAUGAGGGCAUCACCGCCCUUCAUAAUGCUAUCUGUGGUGGGCACUAUGCUGUAGUGGAGUUCCUCGUACGCAUUGGUGCCAACGUCAGCGCCCCAGACAGUCACGGCUGGACGCCCCUGCACUGCGCUGCCUCCUGUAACGACCGGGCUCUGUGUGAGUUUCUGGUGCGUAACGGUGCAGCCGUCAUGGCAGUGACAGAGAGCGACGGAGCCACGGCGGCGCAGAAGUGUGACCCGUAUGCUGUGGGUUAUGAAGAGUGUGAGAGCUUCCUCAGAGGAGUGGAGGAGGCCAUGGGUGUGGAGAACAGCGGCGUGCUGUAUGCCCUGUGGACUUACCCGGCCCAGACGCAUGAUGAGCUGAGCUUCAAGGAGGGAGACAUGGUGACCAUCCUGAAGAAACCCGAGGGAAUGGACUGGUGGUGGGCUUCACUCUGCGGGCGAGAGGGCUUCGUCCCAAAUAACUAUUUUGGGCUUUUUCCAAAGGUGCGGCCAAAAUCACUGUGCUAGAGGUCCUCUACAGGCCAAGCUCCUGUACAACACUACAGAAUCACUACAAUGCAUCCAUGAUGUUUUUUUGUUUUUUUUUGCUUGUAGUCAUAGUAUUUUCUUGAUUGUGUAAGUUAUAAUAUCAAGGGCUUGGUAGUAGAGGUGCAUAAGUCACAUUUUAGACAAUUAAAAAGUUCUUUAAAAAAAUCUAGUAUCAAAAUCAUAUCUAAAUCUUCUAACAGGUUGAAUACAUUGCCAAAUUGUAGUCAAAGUUUGCUUUAGUUGCUUGGCAAAUGUUACUUCCAAGCCCUCAACAUGUCAUGAAAUGUUACCUGUUCUACUAUAAAUACUUUACACAGAUUCUGAUUGUAGGGAGUUUCUAGUCGAGGACUCUAACUUGUUCAUUUGUGGUUUUUAGAGCUACUUUAACUUUCAUUUAUAAAAGGAUUGUGACCUCCAAAGUCACAUGGUUCAGUGAUCAAUGUACGCUAAUAAGACACCAGUUAAAAGUAUUGAUAUUGAUUUGGCUGCAUUUAAUCCCAAACCCCCUAUAAAAUAUGUGCGCAGACCUGGGCAAACCCUUUACAUGGUCAAAUUUUGACACUUUUUGCUAUAUGUAGUUAUGAAAACUACAGGGGAUGUCCAGAAGUCCUAGCAUUUUAAAAGUCUAGAUACUUAGUGAAGAUAAAAGUGAAAAGGGAGAAAAUUGCAUUUCAUUUCAAUUCCACGUCUACAUUUAUAACCUAGUAUACUUAUGGAAAAACAACAUUACUGCCAAAUUUGAAAGACUUCUAAGUUUACACGGGGAAAUGAGUUCUUACUUUGAUUAUCAGCAUCAGUGUGUGUCUCAUCACCUGAGGUAAAAUUCACUCACGGCAUUUAAACACAGACCUCAUCUUAGUCUCUUCGCUCGUCUGAUCACUGUUCACACUAACAUCAUUGAUGAAAUCAUCGCUGAUUAAUUCAGUCACAUCUGUUCUGUAAAUUUCUUGUUAUUAAUGUCUUUUAUUAGGUCAUUUUCACAUUUUUAGAACAGCGUGUAUAAGUGCUCUUCUCUGUUUUGAUGAUGAUGCGACGGUGCAGGAGCAUUGCGGACAAUUUGACAGCCAGUAUCUUAUUACAAAAUAAAUUAAUUAGACUUGUAUCCAUUUCUCUAUGGCGCAUAGCUAUUUAAUAACUUAAACAAAGCCUGACAUUCACUGUGUGAGGAAAUCAUACUUAGCUAGCAAGGUUUUAGUCAUCUCUAGGCAGAAUAACUGUGUUUACCACUACGUUUGUUAAACUGGCUAGUCAUACGUGAUCUUUGCAGGAAGAUAGCCAAGUCAAGGUUAAAAAGUAGCCUAAAUUUAAAAAAAAAAAACAUUUCCACAUUGUUUUGGUUAAAUAUAUAUAAAAUGUUUUUAUUUAGGCUACUUUCUACUGUUUGAUUGUCUUUUGUGGCUGGUUGCCAGAAUUCAGCCGCAGCAUCAUCUGACAGGUUUUCCCAGACCACCACACACAUACAAAGGUUUAAUUGUGUUUGAAUGUGAAGUUUUCUUUAUAAAUGACAGGCUCAGUGGCUGAAAUGCUAGUUACCUGAAGGUUUUAUGUUCAAAUACCAGAGCCCUUAAACAAAACCUUUAACCUUUUAGCUGCUAUAUUUAGAUUAGAUUCUCUCCCAAGUGAAUGUACAUGAUCAGCGUGAGAUCACAUCGAAUUAAAUGCUUGUCAUCUCUCAGAUUGGCUAGAAAUUCAUUAAUUUAUCAUCUCAGUAUUGAUUUUGGAUGUGAUUAUUGAUUUUCUUGUUUGUGUGUGUGUGUGUCUGUGUGUGUGGGUCGGUGCGCGUGCCUGCGUGUGUGUGUCUGUGUGUGAGACAGACACAGAGAGAGAGAGAGAGAGAGAGAGAUUAGUUGUGUAUUAGCAUCACACAUUUGAGAUACACUGAGUUAGAUUAGAUUUAGGUCUAUUAGAUUUACCACUCUCGUAACUAAAAACUGGCAAUUUAGUAUACAGGCUUUUCUCUGUUGUCUGUUAUUUUAGUCAUUAUGAAAUGUUUACCACUUCUAAGUGAACAUUAAUCCUGUACAGUAUUUUGCUUAGGAUGCAUUUUUUAAUGUCACCAUUCAUACGUAGGAAUGCUUUGGUAUCACUUUACAUGUUAACAUGAAUGUAGAUUCCCUUUUCAAAUCAUUAAAUUCUGGUAAUUGUGUGUGAUAUUAAUAUAGUAUUUAGUGUGAUGAGUGUCUGCUUUAGUGUUUAGGGAGUGUGUGUGUGUGUGUGUGUGUGUAGCUGGCACAAGCUGUUACAAAAUAAAUAACAUAUUGUAUUUUCUGUGAUGCAGUAAAAGCUUAUUAAAAACUUAUAUAACUAUAAACUAUAUAUAACUAAA